AAAGGUUAUUAUUAUUUUUUAUAUUAGUUAAAAACCAAAAAAUCGUAACCAAACCGCCAAAUUUUUGGUUCGGAAGAGCAAAUUCGGUCCAGUUUUGGUUUUGGUUUCGGUUCGAAAAUUUCAAAAUCGACAUUUUCGGUUCUACCAAAACCGAACCGCACCAAACCUACAUGACUCACUAAACCCUUCUUCAACCUCUGCACCGCCUCCGAAACAAACUCUCAUUCAUCAUCUUCUCAUCAAUCUGCCUGCGCUUGUAUCACCGCAUGACACUUUCAAUUGCUCUCCCUUGGGUCACUUGCAUUCUCUUUCCCACCCUCUCGCUUCUGUCUCUUCAUGCGAUGUGGUUCUAUGCUGCACUUCAAUUUUCUUCACCUGGGUCACUUCGAUUUCAAUGGUUUCUCAACUUUCGUCAUCUGGGUUCAUAGCAUUUUUCGCUCUUCUUUCGGUGCCAACUAUGUUGACAAUCACCCCCAAAUGUCCACUGCCCUGUUUAUGAAUUCGCUAGUCAGAACGAUGAAGGCGGCGAGGCCUAGUCCACAUUCCCUCUUCUCCAGAACGAGAAGAAAACACUCGACUUUCCCUCUUCCUCUAGACCCUCCCCCUGCACCUGCCGAUGAUCACAUAACCCUUUGCCUCUCCUUGACCGAGCAGCUUCUUCAGCGCCGCUUAUUAUCAUCCGCUCAGCAAGUGAUUCAACGGAUCAUUGCGCAAAGUUCUUCAAUUGCCGACCUAGUCUCCGCCGUUGAUUUUGCUGCCUUCCGAGGAAUGGAACUUGAUAUGUGUAGUUACGAAUUCCUUAUUCGGAAAUUUACGAGUUCUGGUCAACCCCAAUUGGCUGAGGCUAUUUAUUAUGAUGUCGUUAUUGGUAGAGGUAUUGAUCCAAGCUCGUCUUUGUUGAACUCUAUGGUGAUUUGCUUUUGUUGUCUGGGAAAUUUGGAUAAAGCGAGGACCCAUUUUGAUAGGAUUCUUGCUGCAAAUUCUGCCCCAUGUAUUACUGCGUGCAAUUUGCUUCUCCGAGAGCUAUGUUCCCGAGACAGAGUUUUGGAGGCAUUUGAUUACUUUAUUAAAAUUGACGAGGCUGGUGGUAUUGUGGGUUUUUGGUGUUUCAAUAUGUUGAUUGACGAGUUUUGCUUUAGAAGGCACUUGGAUGAAGCACUUCAAGUGUUUGAUAUAAUGUCCAUGAGAACUGGAUCUCCUUGCACUGCUGGCCCAUACAAAUCACUAGUUUAUGGGCUGUGUAAAGGAGGGCGUGUUUUGGAGGCAGAAUAUCUAUGUAGAGAUAUGGAGUCUCACGGUCUCUUCAUAGACAAGAUCAUGUACACUUCUCUUAUACGGGAAUAUUGCAAGAACAAGAAGAUGAAAAUGGCGAUGCGGCUUUUCUUUAGAAUGCUUAAGAUGGGUUGUGAUCCAGAUGUUUAUACUUACAAUACGUUAAUUCAUGGGUUUUUUAGGUUGGGCUUGGUUGAUAUGGGAUGGGUUUUACACAACCAGAUGGUGGAGAGGGGGAUGCGGCCUAAUGUGGUAACUUAUCACCUUUUGAUUAGUGAAUAUUGUAGGGAACAUAAAGUUGACUGUGCUUUGACACUUUUCAAUAGCAUAAAUGAUUCUGGUUUAGCUCCCACUGUGCGUUUUUAUACAGUUUUGAUUGCUGCGCUUUUUAAGGAGAAUAGAUUAAUGGAAGUGGAAGUAUUGUGCCAAAAAAUGCUGGAUAGUGGAGUUAUUCCUGACCAUGUAUUGUAUUUUACCCUUAUGAUGGCGUGCCCGAAAGGGAAUGAGCUUCAACUUGCUCUCACGGUGUUGCAGGAUGUUGCUAGGAAUGGCUGUGGCUUAGACCCUUCCCCGUGUUUAAGCUCUGUUACUUCAAAUAUUAAAAGGGAUUUGGUGCAAGAAAUUGAGUGUCUUCUUGGGGAAAUUCUGAGAAGCAACUUCGAUUUAGCUAAUGUGGCUUUCAGUAUUUUUAUUUGUGCAUUGUGUGCUGCUGGAAAAACUGAUGCUGCUUUACUUUGCAUGGAAAAGAUGAUGACACUUGGAUGUAGGCCUUCUCUUUCCACUUACAACUCCUUCAUCAAGUGUCUUUGUCAGGAGGGGCGUCUUGAGGAUGCUAAGUCCCUAAUUGUCCGAAUGCAAGAUCAAGGUGUGGUUUCAAAUGUAGCAACUUAUUUGGUAAUUGUACAUGAACUCUGUAAGCAGGGAGACUUGGCUUCUGCCUUUGAUAUCUUGGACCAAAUGGAUGAGAGUAGAUUGAAACCCCAUGUUGCUAUUUAUGACACAAUUAUUGGUCAUCUAAGCAGAGCGAAAAGAAUUUUGGAGGCAGAAAAUGUGUUCAAGCGGAUGCUUGAGACUGGUGUCCAUCCCGAUGAGACGAUUUAUGUCACCAUGAUUAAUGGUUAUUCCAAGAAUGGGAGAGCCAUUGAAGCCCAUGAACUGUUUGAAAAAAUGAUAGAGCAUGGCAUUGAGUCAACAUGCCGUGCUUACACUGCAUUGAUAAAUGGAUUAGUCAAGAAAAACAUGAUCAGGAAGGGGUGCUUUUAUCUUGAUAGAAUGCUAGCAAAUGGUUUUGUGCCAAAUACCGUGCUUUAUACUGCUCUUAUUAAGCAGUUUUUGUGGAAAGGGGAGUUUGAAUUUGCAUUGAGAUUGGUUGAUUUGAUGGAAAUUUGUGAGAUUGAACGUGACAUGAUUACAAACGUUGUGUUGGUCACUGGUGCUGGGCGAAAUAUCCCUUCUAGAGAAAUAAAAUGGCAAUUUGUUAAUAGAAUAUCUGAAAGGGAAAGAGAAAUACUGCUCUGUUUGCUCAGACAAAAAACUCUUAUGCCAAAGGGAAAUAAUUUAAGAUUUUUGACUAUGUCUUCUGAAGCAAUAGAAUGUGUUGCAUUGAAGCUUAUCCAGAAAAUUAAUGACACAACAUUUGUGCCAAACUUGCACCUUUAUAAUGCCACUAUCUUUGGACUAUGCAGGGCAGAUAAGAUCCAGGAUGCAUAUGCUUAUGUCAAAUUGAAGCAAAGCGAUGGUCUACAUCCCAAUCAGGUUACUUUAACCAUUCUUAUGAAUGGUCAUAUAAGAAAAAAUGAGAUGGAUCAUGCUAUAAAGUUGUUCAAUAAGAUGAAUGCAGAUGGUUGUGCUCCAGAUAGAAUUGCAUACAACACUUUAAUAAGUGGCCUUUGCAAGUCUGGAAGGCUAUUGGAUGCUUUAUCACUCUCGCAAACAAUGUACAAGAGAGGGCUUUUUCCUAGUAUGUUUUCAUAUGAAAAUUUACUCAAUUGCCUUUGUGCACGUGGUUUGAGCAUUCAAGCCUUCAAGUUAUUUGAAGAAAUGCUGGACCAUGAUUAUGUACCAUGUCGGUAUAACCGUAACCUGUUGCUUUUUACCCUUUGCAAAGAAAGCAAAUUGCAUGAAGCUUAUACAGCACUUGAUAUAAUGCUGAAGAGAGGAAAAUCCCCAGAUGAGGUAACUAGGAGGCUGUUCGUAGAAGCAUGUCAUAGACAAAGAGAACUUUCUUAGCUUUGAUUGUUGAUGAUUAUAUCUCUGUGCUUGACAGACACCAAUUCUUCCUGAGGUUGCUUAGUUGGAUUUACCCGUGGGAAUGAUAGAGCUUGUGCUUCCUUUACUGGCUGUUUCCCAAAAGAAGUUCUCUGUAUGCAGCAGACAGCCAUCAGCAUUUGAUACGUAUUUCCUCACAAGAUCAGCUUUAUGCUGUCUUCAUGUACAGCAUUGAACUUCAGAAAAGUUCCACUAUACAAUUUGACGCUACGAUGCUGGCGAUAACGUGAAGUUCAAUUUUCCAAUGGCAUUUACUACGACGAUGCUUGCAUGGAGUGUACUAGAAUUCGGGCAGUUCAGGGGAACAGAUCUGCAACAUGCUAUGGGGGCCAUCAAGUGGGCAACCGAUUGCUUCCUUAAGGCCACCAGCCACCCCGGUCAGGUCUACGUCCAAGUCGGCGAACCUUACAGUGACCACAACUGUUGGGAAAGGUGGGAGGACAUGGACACCUUCCGCACCUCCUACUUUGUCAACCAGCAACGCCUUGGCUCUGAAGUCUCUGCUGAGAUCGCCGCCGCUCUAGCUGCUCUUUCAUGGUCUUCAAGCGCUACAAUUCCACCUAUGCUGCCUUGCUUCAAAAGAGGGUUGCCUCAGUAUGUACUUGCUUAGGAAUUCCAUCAAAUAUGAAACUAAAACUUUAAGGAUCAAAUUAUAUUCUAAUUAAGGAUUUGUUUUGAAGUACAUUAAUUCAAUAGAGCUUAAGGGACGUGUGGUGCAAUUUAUUUAAAUAAAUUACAUAUUAUGACCA